UAAGGUUUUUACGGAUCAUUGAGCGCCCGAACAUUACAGGACUACAUAGGUAGUUCGACCGUUAUUUGGAGGAGAUAAAAGUAUCUCCAAAUGAAAACUUUUUUUUAGAAAAACAGUGACAUCAGAUUGAAAAAAUGUCUCUACGAUUUUUGGUCGUAGUUUUGGCUGUGUGUUACAGCGUGUAUGGAAAUCCUCAGGGUUGUUCUUACGAUUCCACGGAACUCCUCCACACGUGUAAUGCUCGAGCCUGGUCCUUACCGCUGGCCUUUGGAACCUUCUCUCCUCAACCACAAAGAAUUCUUCUACGUGAAGUAGAUGGAGAACUCCCAAACGGCUCACCAAGCGGUCCAACCUUUUCUGGAUUCUCCUCCAUCAACACGGGAACGUUUGAUUCCAACUAUGCCCCAGAACUGAUCAUUAGGUGUACCUCUAAUGGCCAGUUAAUCAUCACCCAGGCCGCUUUCACCGACAUGGGAUGGGUAGAGGAGUUGACGAUAGAAGACUGCGACAUUCUCUCUCUUCCUGUUCAAGUCUUUCAAAAUUUCGGAAACAUUAACCGUUUUGCCAUCAUUGGCGGGUCCAUUGAUGCGAUGGUAGGAGAUAGCUUUACUGGGAUGAAUGUCGAAAAAAUGACCACGGUGCCUGAUCCUAGAGGGGAGUUUAUUAUCCGGAACAGCCGACUUGUAUCAGGAGGUUUUGCUUUUGGCGCCCUUUUCUCGCAGGCAAACGCAACCCGCGUCAUCAUCGAAAAUGCCAAUCUGAAAUCCAUCCAGACCGAUAUGUUCUAUGCCCUACAGAAGAUGACCUACCUGUCUCUGAGUAACAAUCCCUAUACUUACCUACCCACAGAUCUGUUCAAGGGAAUCAACUCGUUGACCACGGUGGACUUAUACGGCAUUUCCUGGGCGUGCACUUGUACAAACAUCUGGCCACCUACGUGGUUGGGAAGCAACAACAUCACCAUGAACGGAGAUGCUGUAUGCGGCAGCCCAACAGCGUAUGAAAAUGUAAAAAUGUCCUAUUAUGAAAAAGAACAGUGUCCUCAACAAGAUGUUUGCGCAAAAGCCGGACAAACAGGUUUCGUCGUGGGAAGCGUGUGUGUGACCAUUCUGGACGUGGUCAACUACGCCCUACUGUUCACUACCUUCGUCCUCUCCCUCGUGGCCCUUGGGCUGGUCAUCCACACCAAGAGACAAGUAGGUAGCGCCAAGGACUCCAAACAGAAAGGCAAACCCGCCGCCAAAGGUUCCGCGAUCCGGCGCUCCAGUGCCAGCUGGAACAAAGUCACCGACGCCCAAAGCCAGGGCUAGUCACGAAAGACGAAAAAUUGACAAUAUAUUUGAAUUUUUACCAUUAUAUCGUUAUCAUUAAUGUCGCUGGUUUGUUAUACUGUUUGGCGUCUUUGGUCCAAUGUAGAAUGUGACUUCCUCUUCCUCCAGUGCGUGGCGACGAUUAACAACUUUGUGUAGUCUGCAUUUUAAUUUAAACUCACAGUAAUGAUAUUUUUUUUUACAUGAAAGCACUUUUUUAAAAAUUUUGAUUGAUAUUUAAAAUGUAUCAAAAGAACACAUUCCUCUGGUGCCAAACAAGCAAAUAGAGCUGUAUAAUCGUGUACAAAGUCUCUAAGUGUACAUAAAAAAGAUUUAAUUUAUCUUCAUGUCGCACUUUACAAAGAAAUACCCCAGUUUUUGUUUCAUCUCAAUUUCUGGUAGUAUGGGGUCCGUUGAGAGUAAUAAAACCUAUAUUGUAUGGGUAUUUAAAUGUAAUAAUGGAGCCUUCUUUUUGUGAUGCACUUCCUAUUGAAAUAAACAAUAAAAUCAAGUAUAA